AUGUCUGUAGGUGAACCCCUUCUUUUAGGUGGUUAUCUGUGUGGAGGUAGUGAUGGUACUGAUUACUUGGUCUCUGCUUGGGGUCUGGAACAACCCUGUGCAGGGAGUGGGGUGGUUUCUUUUAAUGACCCUUCACGUAAGACUUUAGACACCUCUAAGCGUUCUUCUGGGUUCUACCGUCUCCACCAGGGAAGUUUGGAAGAGGAGGAAAAAAAAGCUUAUGUCAUCUAUUUGAGUCGAUCAUUUCCAAGAUCUAAUUCGAGUUUUUUCUUAUGUAGUGGAAACGCCUUUCAAUCUGAAGUUUUACGCUUAAGGGAAGAAAUGUUCUUGGUGGAUGCAGGACCUGGGACCCCCAGAAUUUGUAUGCAAGAUGAGCCUACAGGAGUGCCAAUCAACCGAGCCGCCAGGUUUGAGAAUAAGGUGGGAUCCCUGGAUCUAGUGGCCGGUGAAUCACUGAUCAAAGAGCAAAUUUUGGAGAGAUUCUUCAUCGAUCUAGUGGCCGGCGAAUCACUGAUCAAAGAGCGAGCUGCCGCCAGGUUUAAUGAUUUGGUGGGAUCCACAGAUGUAGUGGAUGGUGAACCGCUUUUUCUUCUUCCACGAAGAUUCAGACAAAACCGAGCUUUGAUGGAACUGAACAAGAUUUGGCCAACGAAUACAAAAGUCAAAGGCUUUAUUAUUGAGAAAGUUAAAGGAGGUUAUUCAGUAGCCAUCGCGGGUUUCAUUACUUUUCUUCCAUUCAGUCCUCUCAUAAGUCAAAGGAUAUCGAAUGAUCGAUUCAUCAUUGAGAGCAUUAACCCCAAAAGAACGAAUAUUGUGGUGUUCUAAGAGUGGCAGAUCAAACAAGAACUUGAUG